CUGGAAACAAAAUUUAAAAAUUAGGGUGGUAUGAAAAUUUUGUCAAAAUAUAUUGGAAAAUGAAUGUAAUUUAGUAGAUCACAAGUCAAAACAACUCCGUUCAAUUUGUAAAAGACUUUAGAAAUCAAAGUUAAAGCAAAGAAGAUAAAAGUCAAUUAAAAAAGUAGGAAAAAUAAAUUUCCUUUAAUAUCACUGAUUAAUAUCAGCGAAAGAGAGGCGAUUCAAGCAAAGAAAAAGGUGAGAUCUAUGACGGUUCGAAAAACGGACCAGAGGUCAGGGAAUAAGCUGAUGGGAAGUGGACCUCGUAUGUAGCAUCAUCCAACUGAUUAUGUUAAAAAGCGAGAUAUCGCUUCUAAUAGAUUUGCUAGCCUGCAAGAAACGUAAAAAACAUCUCGAGAUGAAGUUUGGGUACAAGAAGGCGGGCGGGAUUACCCCACUGGACUUGUAUUGAGUAAGGAAAGGGAGAAGAAUAAAGGAACUGACAAGCGAGGGGUGAGUGGAUAGGGUCCUUUGGCUCAAGAAAAUAAAAAGAUGAAUCUGCAGGAGAGGAGCCACCAUGUUGGGCACGUACAACUAUGUCCCAUGCAGAGCCAUGCACAGAACGUUGAUAACAAUGGAGUGGGGGCGAAGGUCGAAUAGAAUAAGCAAAGUGACCAAGAGAAGACAGGAGAGGGCAAAACAGGUGAGAAAGGAGUUGAACAGGACCCAGACAAGCUCGGCAGUUUGGUACUAAGAUCGGCCAAGGGGACAAACGGUGGGACUAAUAGCUGAGAUGGAAAUGAUGGAUAUAACACUACACUAUAUUGAUGUAAAGGUAGGGCAGGUGGGUUAAGCGUUUGGUGGAUGGAGGAGGUGGAGAUGGAAAUGAUGGAUAUAACACUACACUAUGUUGAUGUAAAGGUGCAGGAGUUGGGAGUGGGCACUUGGAGAUUCACAGGGAUGUACGGUUGGCCGAAGUCUGAUGGGAAGAGACAAACUCUGGAGGCCCUCAGAUCCCUUUCCCAGCAAUGGGAUGGUCCAUGGUUAUGCGGUGGGGAUUUUAACCUCAUUGCGUCGCAGUUUUGAGAAAAAAGGUGGGAAUGCACUCCCUGAUAGAGAGAUUGAGAAUUUUCGUGAAGGUUUGAAGGCAUGCGGUUUGGUGGAUUUGGGUUUUCAGGGCUAUCCCUUUACAUGGGAUAACAAGAGGACCAUCGGGUUCACGGAGGAAAGGCUCGAUCGGUUUGUCGCUAGGGAGAACUGGUCGGAGCUAUUCCCAACAGCUCGAGUGAUACAUUUGGAUGGAAAUAGGCCAGAGCAUAGACCUCUUAUAUGCGAUAUUAGAGGGUAAGAUGAUGAAGCGAUUAAAUGGGCGUGGAGUUUUAAAAUUUUUACCCCACUGGUCAAAGCACGAAGACUGCCCGCGGACAGUUGAAGAGGCAUGAAAAAAUGGAGGCACUAGUGUUCUUGAAAAGAUUACAAAUUGCCGAAGCAAGUUGGACGCAUGGAGCCAAUCGACUUUUCCAAAUUUUGCUAAGCAAAGGAACCGUAUAAAGAAAGCGUUGUGGGUGCUUGAGAGAAGUGAGAAGACGCUGAUGAUAAUUCAACAAAGACAUGCCCUGGAA